UCUGAAUUUCAGUUGAAGUUUUGCUCUUCACCGAUUCGCAUCGUCUGCCAUCUCCACUGCAGCUCAUUCAUUUCGUCGUUCGAGUGCAUUUCCAUUGCCGCUUAAUUUCAGUCCGUUGGCCAUUAAAAAGAUAUUCUGCAACAGAACAACAACAACCUCUUUAAAUUUGUAAAAUACAACAACAAGAGCAAAUUAAUUAUCGGAAAUUUAUUGUUGGAACAACUCGUUCACGAUUUUAACGAUUUUAAAGGGUUAACAGCCAGACUGACAGCAGCAUUUCUUUCAGCAUUUUUUUUGCUGAAUUUGUAAUUUCGUGUAUUUCCAAAACUGUACGAGUAAUUAUAGCAAAAACAACAACAAUGACCAACAUCAGGAAAGCUGCUUCUUCUCUGCAAAAGCUCUUUGUUUGCGGCGCCCUGAAAUAUGGCCAACCUGGUCACUCCAUUCUCGCAAAUUCUGGCAAUGGUUAUGCGAAAUUCUGGUGCCGCGCCACAACCACCGAAAAACUGCCGCUUGUGAUAGCCACACGUUAUAAUAUCCCCUUUCUGCUGAACAAACCUGGUGUUGGUAACUACGUGUUGGGUGAGAUUUAUGAGGUGGAUGACAAGAUGCUGACAUCACUGGAUAACUUGGAAGAUUGCCAAGAUGUGUUCACACGGGAGGUGCAUGACAUGAACAUCGGGGUUGGUGAAGGCACCGUGCCCUGUUGGGUGUAUUUACUGCAAAAGUAUCCCGAAAAGCUGCUCUCUCUGGAAUAUUUGUCAAGUUAUCAAAAUAGUGCUGCUCACCCCUAUGUCAUGCGUAAUCGUCGCACACACAAGCAUCCACCUCAAGAGGACCUUGCCUACACUGCUGCCUAAAUUCUUCCCAACCCUAGUAUAGUGGUAGUCAUUGACCUAUUUACUACCAGGCGAUAGAUAAUUGGUCAACUGUGUGAUUAGCAUUUACUUACUGUGAACUUGUAUUGAAUGGAAGGCUUGCACUGUUUCCUCGGUUUCAGUUAUGAGAAAUGGAGUGCGGCUUAUAAAAAUUCUAAUGUCGAUAUUAGCUGAACUAUUGUAGACUUUAAAUAUAGACAUAUAACAUAUACA